AUGACUCUGGUAACAGAUGUGCCCAUUUCAAUAUUAUUAGAGAAAUUAGUCAAAUCACAGAAGCUGCUUGAUGAGGAAAGAUUUGUCUUUCCAGGACUUAGAAACCGUGUGGCUAAUGCCAUUGAGGAACUUCAAAGAAUUUUGCGCAUCCUGGAAGCCGGGAAUACCAGUGACUUCAAGGCUCAGCUUCUAGGCACUGUUUACUCUGUAGAAAAUAUCACUGAAAAUUUCCUGUUCACCACGGCACAAAGGAGACCAAAGGGUAUCUUUAAAACUAUUAAAACACCACUAAAGCUGCUUCCAAUUCCAUCAUGGCAUCAGCUACAGUUCAGCUACAAAAUGAUGAAAUUCGUAAAGAACUUAAGAGCUAUAUGUGAUCCUGAUCAUGAUCAGGACACUGCUGAGAGAGAAGAACGCCACAGCCCCUGCUGCCAUCAACAUAAUGAUCAUCAGGACGCUGAUGAAGUACUUGUUGGACGUGAAGAUGAGGAAAAGAAGCUAGUAGGUCAACUGUUUGACGACAAUGAGAAAAGCCUCCGUGUGAUUUCACUGGUCAGUGAAAAACCACUUGGUAAGACAGCCAUGGCAAGGACUGUUUACAACAGACUAGAUGUUCGUCAACAUUUCCCGUGCCGUGCGUGGCUUCAUGUUCAUGAGGAUUUCGAAUAUGAGGAUAUCAAUUUUAAGGAUCUGUUGUUUAGCAUACUCAAACAGAUUCCUAUUCGUGAAUUGAAGGAUGUAGAGCUUAUGAGCGAGAAGACUCUGUGUGCUGAGCUUUUCAAGAAUCUAAUGGAGUUCAGGUAUCUUAUAGUAUUGGAUGAUGUCCCCACGGUUGAGGUCUGGUCCAUGUUUGCAUAUCCCUUUGCGGACGCCGUGAAUGUAAGUAGGGUCAUCCUCACUACCCGUGACUCUAAUGUGGCAUCACAUGCUGAUCCAUGGAAUUGCCCAUUGAAUCUGAUUCCGUUAUCUGAGCAGGGGAGUUGGGCAUUGUUCUUAAAAAAAUUCAGUAAACCACAAAAUAGCUCAGGCAUAAACAACUUCAGAGAAGACAUUUUAAGAAUAUGUCACGGUUUGCCUCCAGCAAUCCUGCUACUAGGAGGAGUGUUGUCAACCGUGGAAUCAAGUGAGUGGUCAUGGGUAAUUGAUUAUUUUGAUGGAGGUCAAUCAUCUCUCCCAAAUUUUGUAGCUUUGAGCUAUCAAAAACUACCACAUGUUUUAAAGCCUUGUUUUCUUUAUUUCCUUCUGUUUCCAAAAGGGUAUGAAAUCCCCACUCGGAGGUUGUUGCGGCUGUGGAUUGCAGAGGGAUUUGUUCAAAUUUCACCUAAUGAGAGCGAGGUCCCUGAAGAUGUGGCCAAGAGAAACUUGGAAGAACUAGUGUGUAGAAAUAUGAUUGAAAUAGCUAGUUUGAAGUCAGAUGGAACCCAUAAAACAUGUCGUAUGCCAAGUUAUCUCUAUGAAGAGUUCUUGCCGAAAGUUGAGGAUAUAGAAUUUCUUCACAUCCACCAUCGCAAGUCAUAUUGUAGAUCUGCAGAAUCGCCUAAGUUUAAUAUUCGGAGACUUGCAGAUCAAUUUGACACCAAGUCGACUAUGGAAUCCCAAAAUAUCAAACAUCUAUGUUCCUACGUGUCUUUUGACGUCCAAAAACAAGAUACAUCCAACAGGGAAAUUGGUAUGUUGCUUAAAACAAUAACCAAUAGGAGAGGGUUUCAACUGCUGAAGGUGAUCGAUUUGGAGGGUGUCUACAAACCUUUGCUACCUGAGAAACUUGGGGUGUUGCAAAAUUUAAGGUACAUAGGCUUGCGGUGGACUGGUCUGGACUCAUGUCCGGCAUCUAUUGGGGAUCUGCCAAGUCUCGAGUUUUUAGACUUGAAGUACACUAAUAUAACCACUUUGCCGAAUCCCAUUUGGAAGGCAAAGAACCUUCGAUAUCUCUAUAUGAAGGAGGUGUCCAUUCGAAAGCCAUCAAAAAAGCCUUCAACCAACCUUCACACCUUAAUGGGGCUUCUUAUUGGUUCUACGGACCCGGAGGAAUACGGCUUGAAUAGUUGCAUUAGUCUAAGGAAAUUGGGACUGACAUGCCAUUCAGAAUCAGCAGUGAAAACAGCCGAGUGCAUCUCAAGACUUGGCAACCUUCAAACCUUAAGGCUGAGAUCAAGAGAUCCAUUUGGUCAACCUUUAGACCUGGCGUUGCAUCCUAUGAAGGAUCAUCAGUCUCUCUCGAGCUUAUAUUUGUUUGGAAAGAUAAAAGACCAUGACAUAGGUAACCUUCCCCGAAACCUCAAAAUCCUUAGAUUGUCGAUGUCUGAACUUGAAAAUGACCCAAUGCCGGAGCUAGGGAAGCUACUUCAGCUGAACACCCUUAGACUUUUUGCUGGCUCCUAUCGAGGAAAAGAAAUGACUUGUCUUCAUGGGAAUUUUCCUAAACUGCGUGUCUUGAAAUUGUGGAAGCUAGAUGGACUUGAGCAGUUGACAAUAAAGGAAGGUUCCAUGCCCCAACUUGAAUUAGAAAUUAGAGGAUGUGAAAAGCUGAAAAGAUCAGACGGAUUAGAAGAGCUACCAUUCCUGAAGGAAUUGAUUUUAACAAACAUGCCGCAGGAGUUUGUAGAAGAUGCUACAAGAAGGUUGGGUAGUGACAAAUUACUCACCAACAACUGGAACUUUUCUCCUUUGAAAAAUGAAAGAUUUAUUCUGUAUUUGCUGUAG